AUGGUAGUAGGGAGGGGUGGUGAUGUUGGAGGAGAAGAAAUGUCAUCAUCCCAACCUUUAGGAAUUAUUAAUACGAUUGUGUCUUCUCAAUCAAAUCCUCUCGAUAAUGUUGCAUCAAUUACGGGAACUGUUGAUUCUUCAACAAAUCAACAACCUCAACUCCAACCUAAGCAACCCUCUUCUCCUUUAUUCCAAUUAUCAACACUUCGAAAUACGAAUACCCCCUCCUCGAUUACUCAACGCCAACGAGUAGCGUCUGUCGGCGGUGCAGCUGGAAAGGAAUCUAAAAUUCCCCGCUCACCCAAAACCAAACGAUCGUCCCAACUUCAAACAUCGUCAAUCUCAACUCCUCCUCCUCCUCCUCUCUCAACAACUCAUCCUCUUCCAAUCUCAACAAGCAACUCUGGUUGUCCAAGCAGCUCAUUGCAAUCGAUCCCUUUCCCAGAGGAUCAACCACCCUCUUUCCAAUUAACUGAUCAACUAGAAAGAGAGAGAGCAGCUGAACAGCUAGCAGCGGCUGAACUAGCAGCGGCUGAACUAGCAGCAGCUGAACAGCUAGCACCUGAACAAGCAGCAGCUGAACUAGCAGCAGAUGAACGAGCAGCAGCUGAACAGCUAGCAGCAGCUCAACUAGCAGCAUCUGAACGAGCAGCAGCUGAACAACUAGCAGCCGAACAACUGGUAGCUGAACUUGUAGCCCAACUAGUGGCCCGACUAGUGGCCCAACUAGUAACCAGACUAGUAGCCCCUAGUAGUAGAGCAGCUGAACUACUAGCCCAACUAGUCGCUGAACUAAUAACUCGUCUAAUUGUCCGACUAGUGGCUCAUAGUAGAGUAGCCCUACUAUUAGCCAGACUAUUAGCCCAACCAUUAGCCCUAGUAGCUCCUAGUAGAGAACUACUAGACCAACUAGUAGAUGAACUAGUAACCCGUCUACUGGCCCAACUCGCAUGGCAGUGA